CAGCUGAUCCUGAUCAAAAUGUAAAAAAUGGAUGUGAAUUGCUUGAUAGAUUAUUAAAGGAUAUUGUAACUGAAAGUUCUUCAUUUGAUUUAGUUGCAUUUAUGCCUCUUUUAAGAGAGAGGAUUUAUACAAAAAAUCCUUUUGCCAGACAGUUUUUAGUUUCAUGGAUUUCUGUUUUAGAUGCAGUUCCUGAUAUUGAUAUGCUAAUAUUUUUGCCUGAAAUCCUUGAUGGAUUGUUUCGAAUAUUAGGUGAUCCAACUAUGGAAAUAAGAAAAAUGUGUGAAACUGUUUUAGGAGAGUUUUUACGAAACAUAAUAAGAAAUCCUCAGAAAGUAGACUUUGCUGCAAUGGUUAAUAUAUUGAUAAUUCACUCACAAUCUUCUGAAGAAUUAGUACAAUUUACUGCAAUUAUGUGGGUUAAAGAAUUUGUCAGUUUAGCAGGACGCAUUCUUUUACCAUUUGCUUCUGGAAUUUUGGCUGCUGUAUUACCAAAUUUAGCUCAUAGUGAUGAUGAUAGAAGAAAUAUAUGUGAAACUGCUAAAGCUGUCAAUUAUAGUUUAAUGCAACUGAUCACUUUGGAAGAUGAUAGAGAACAACCUGAUGGAUCAGAAUCGAAGGAGGAUCUAUCUCUUGAAAUUACUGUUCAAACUCAAAAACCUAAAGAUUGUGAAGAUAUCCAAUUAGACUUAAGCCCUGUGGUAGAAGUUUUAACAAGGACAUUGGAUCAUGAAUCUGUGCAUACGAGAAUGGCAGUAUUACGAUGGAUUUAUCAUUUGCACAUUAAAAUUCCUAAUAAGAUAUUUUGUCAUGUUGAUGUUAUAUUUCCUAAACUGUUACAAACUCUUUCUGAUCAGUCUAAUGAGGUAAUUUUGCUGGAUUUAGAGGUUCUUGCAGAAAUAUCAUCAUCAUCUGCUGGACUGAAAGAAGAUAGAUUAAGAAGUGUAACUGUUCCAUCUCCAAUAAAAGAUAUUGUCAAGCAAACUCCUAAUAUGAAUAAUUAUUUUACUAAAUUCAUGGUAUCACUACUAGAUAUUUUUAGUACUGAUAAUACUCUGCUUGAAGAUCGAGGGUCAUUUAUAAUAAGGCAGUUAUGUUUGUUAUUGAAUGCUGAAGAUAUUUAUCGCACACUUUCAGAAAUUUUGCAAUGUCAUAGUAAUCUACGAUUUGCAUGUCAUAUGGUUCAAACAUUAAAUACAAUUUUACUGACAUCAACAGAAUUAUUUGAGUUGAGAUUUCAAUUAAAAGAAUUACAGACAGAGGAAAGUAGAUCUCUCUUCUGUUGUUUAUAUCGGUCCUGGUGUCAUAGUCCUGUUGCAACAGUUUCUUUGUGUUUUCUUACACAAAACUAUGAACAUGCUUGUAAAUUAUUACAGCUGUUUGGUGAUCUGGAAGUAACUGUAGAUUUUCUUACUGAAAUUGAUAAACUAGUACAGUUAAUAGAAUCUCCAAUUUUUACUUAUUUAAGGCUUCAAUUAUUGGAACCUCAACAAAAUAGAUAUCUGGUGAAGAGUCUAUAUGGAUUGUUGAUGUUACUUCCACAAAGUGAUGCUUUCCAUACGCUACGUCACAGACUUUCUUGUGUGCCUAAUAUCCAGUUUAUGCCACCAAUGGACAAUCAAAAAUGGAUCUUCCUGCAUAAGAACAAAACUGGCUUUAUGAUGGAAUACAAAUCACAAUUCAAGUGUUGUGUCUGAAGCUAUCUGGAAACUAAUUACAAGAUUAUCAUCUGGUAAAUCAUUUUUACUGUCAACACUACCAUUAUCUUAUUCCAAAAACAAUGCCAUGUAUGCAGGAAGAAAUUCAAC